AUGGCCACAACAUACUAUGAAAAGACUACAAAUUGUUUAGCCAACAACGAGACUCAAUUGAAGGAAUUCAUUCAGGCGAAGGUCAGUGAUUCUUGUGCUGUAAAUGGCAACUGGCUCAAUGCGUCGAUUCGGCAUGGGCAUGGCAUCUCCGGCGCAUGGAAGUUGACAUCAGAGUACAUCUCACUUUUAGUUCUAGACAAAGAAUGGGAGUACCAUAAACUCACCAAUCUGAAAGCCGACGUCUACCCCCAAGUGGUAUAG